CACGUGGUUGAAGGCGGAAGCAAUUUGUAAAUAGAACUUGACCUCAAAAGCACGAAAUACAUGCUGGUAAAAUGUGUACUGUAGUAGUGUUUUGUAAGAUACUUAAUUUAUGAGAAGUAAAUGUACUCGUUGUUCUAAUGGAUCCCAAUCUGUUGUAUUGGAAAAGCCAGGGGCAGUCUCUCCUCAGCCGGCUACAAAUCUGGGUUAAUCUCCUUGAUCCAAUUUCCCUGCUUUCCUCUGAUGCUGAAAUCCAAAACGCCCACAGUUUUCUUGGAAGUGGACAGAAACUAAAUGAAAAGGAUGGACAAGCACUGACCCUCUCACUUUCGUCAGUCCACGCUGACUCUGGCAAGGUUCUUCCACUAGUUUUCCGCCCUGCAGCAUUUUUGCCGAUAUCAGCACCUCUGGUGGUCGCCAGCUUUUUGCCCCACAGCAGCGUCAAACCCGCUCUGUUUUGGCAGUUUUUGCUGCAGAGUUACAGCGCCGGGUUCAACUAUGCAAACAGAAAUUCUUCAUCAGAGCAGAGUAAGAAGACGUCUUUGAAACAGCUUCUGUUGAUCGCUGGAACAGUUUCCUAUGCAACAUGUGCAGGGGCCCUUCCUCAAAUUUUCAUUAACCGAUUUGGUGUAAGAAGCGCACCAAUCCAGACUUUCUUUAGGUCUAUAUUACCAAUCCCACUCUCUGCUGCUCUGGCCUUCUUCAAUGUGUUUACUGUCAGAAGUGAGGAGUCAGAAACUGGGAUCCAAGUAUUUGAUUCCAAUGGAAAUCCUGUCGGCCUCUCUAAAGCAGCGGGGGACAAGGCUGUGAGGGAAACUGCAUUGUCAAGAGCGGUACUGUUUGGUACAACCGCUGCUGUUCCUAAUCUACUGGUUUUGCUCUUACAGAGAACAAGACUUUUCCAGAGGAACUCUCUGCUGUCCGCUCCAGUCCGUCACAUAAGCGUCGCGUUUGUUCUGGGCUUGAUGAUCCCUUUCUCGUUCAGUCUUUUCCCACAACUGGGAACGAUAAGGAAGGAACAUGUGGAGGAACAGCUGCAGGCUGCAGCCGAUGGUGGACAGUUAUACUACCAUAGAGGACUCUGAGGAGCAGUUUAACGUAGAUUCAACAUAUAAACCCAAAUGUAUGUUGCCAUCACUGGAUAGCAUGAUGAUAAAUGUCUUCUUUAAAGUCAUGUUGCUGAUAUUGUACCAUGGAUGGAACAGAAUGCAGCCUUUUCUCAGUUUUCACACAACAUACUUUGUUGAAAAUACAGUCUGAGACAUUAAAAACAGGCAAGAAGCUACUUUUUAAUAGUAAAUUUAUUUUGCUUUCAUAGAUACACAUAGAAAUAUUACAUAAAUUCAUGAAAAUACAUUUAGUUUUCAAAGUUACAUAUUACAUUACAUCUGCUAUGUAUUGCACUCCACCUUAUCUGAAAUACUGAGGCACAAAAUCAUCCUUUUGGCAAUGUGGUUAAAAAUGUACUCUGCUGUAAAACAACAGCGCUAAUUAUGCAUCAAUUAAAAAAAAAAGAACCUGACAGUAAUACACAAUAAAAAUCUAAAAUUUAAAUCAAUGUGAACAUGGAAGCACCGAUUGUUAUUUGAUCAGUUGCAAAUAGAUGAGGAACAGAUCUUUUUCUACCAAACACCUUUUUAUAAAACAGUUUGAAAAAGCCUCUUACAACACACCUUCCCUGUAUUUAAGUCAAUAGUAAAAUACAAAAUGGGACAUUGAUAGAGAAAAAAAAAAAAGGAAAUUAACACACACCUUGUGCAAUGUCUAUUGCAGU